AUGGGCAGUGUCUUCACCGAUCGGGAGUCGCAGUUGAUGGCGAUCGCCUGGCAGUGCUUCUCGGAGCAGCCAAAGAUCAACUUUGACAAGAUGGCCGGACUCGCCGGUUACACCAACACCAAGUCCUGCUCAAAUGCCUGGUCCGCCAUCAAGAAGAAGCUUGCCGCUGAAGCUGAGAAAGUCACCGGCGGCGCAAACGGCGACGCGAAUGGUGACGCUCCCAAGCCUAAGGCGACCCCUCGUAAGCGUGCUAAGAAGGCGGCCGAUGAGGAUGGCGCCGAUGGUGAGGCCCCGGCCAAGAAGGCUAAGACCACGCAGAAGAAGCGCGGUGGCAAGAAGGCUACUGCUGAGGUUGAGGAGGAGGACAAGGACGAUGAGGCUGCUGGCGAGGAAGAGAAGGCUGCUGUCAAGGAUGAGCAGACGGACGAACUUGUCUAA